UGUACAAUGAUAUAUUUAGGAAGGUUGUUGUCUUCAGACAGAAAACAAUGUAUUUGUAUAAUGAUAUAUUUGGGAAGGUUGUUGUCUUCAGACAGAAAACAAUGUAUUUGUACAAUGGUUUAUUUAGGAAAGUUGUUGUCUUCAGACAGAAAACAAUGUAUUUGUACAAUGAUAUAUUUAGGAAGGUUGUUGUCUUCAGACAGAAAACAAUGUAUUUGUAUAAUGAUAUAUUUGGGAAGGUUGUUGUCUUCAGACAGAAAACAAUGUAUUUGUACAAUGGUUUAUUUAGGAAAGUUGUUGUCUUCAGACAGAAAACAAUGUAUUUGUACAAUGAUAUAUUUAGGAAAGUUAAUGUCUUCAGACAGAAAACAAUGUAUUUGUACAAUGGUUUAUUUAGGAAAGUUAAUGUCUUCAGACAGAAAACAAUGUAUUUGUAAAAUGGUUUAUUUAGGAAAGUUGUUGUCUUCAAACACAAAUCAAUGUAGUUGUAUAAUGGUUUAUUUA